CCGUGUUGCAGGGCCUUCGGUGUAUAAAUGGAAACGCGCCAGCGUAUCGCAUUUCAGUCUACGUCGGACUUUCGCGCGCGCCACACAUGCUGCGUAUACGUAACGUUUGGCUACACCACUCAGCAGCGUAGGCUUUUUAUCAGAGCAACACCACCGCUGCCGUGCGGCACUCUGGGAAGUGUGGUGUGCUCUGCUCUGUUCUGUUCUGCUCUGCCUCAGAGCUGAUCAUUUGGGCCGCCCCUGGUGGCUGCUCUUCGAUUUUUUCCUCGAGAGUAGUCGAACACAGAGAGAGAGAGUGUGGCUGGCCGUACUUCAGGGCCAUUGUGAACGGUUAUUGUAGCCACAUUUGAAAAUGUAACGGUAUUUUGUGGCAUGUGAAAACGGAAGCGAGAGUUUAUCAAAGAUAUUCGUGAUGUGAAAUUAACUGAAGUCCAGCAAACAACAACACAACUAAACGGAAAUACAUUUAAACAAAUUUACAAAAAAUAAACUUUAAAAUAUAAAACAUAAAAAAACAUUCAAGAGAGGAUUUUCGUUUUGCAUAAUUGGACAAAAGAAAACUGCAAGUGUGGCGAAAAUUGAUUCAAACAUAAAUAAAAGGCAGCCAAGCGUGGCCAAGGCAGACAAGGACAGGACGCAACAAUAGCUGCAAACAAGGAUAAGCAGGGGGGAAGGAUUUCGGAGUGGCAGAGCAGUGUAGGUGUAGGUGGCUGAAAGAAAAUCAAUAAGAGACACAUGUAAGAGGACACCCCAGCGACGACGUUGACCAGGCAAUAUGGAAGCCACUGCAAAUGGGAUGGGGCUGACCACGACCACGACCACGGCCACUGGCCUCUUGUUGUUGCUACGCGUUGGUAGCCAAUAGGUAGGGAAAUUUCCAACUUUCGCCAAGUAGAAGCUCAGAACAUGUCGGACCGAUACCAGGCCGGCUACUACGAUCACCACCAGCACUCUCAUUCUCAUCAUCCCCAUCCGUAUCCCCAUCAGACUGCCAUGUCGCACUACCCACCGCAACCCUACAGAUCGGGCUAUUCCGGCUACCAUCCCUAUGCCGGGGGCUAUGGCUACGGAUCGGCCAGCUCUUCGUACAUGCCCAACUACUAUCGCUACGCCGCCUAUGCCUCGCCCCACUACAGCCAGCCGCACGCGCAUCCGCACCAGGGAAUGUUCACGCCCGCUGGCCAGCAGCUGAUCCCCUCCAGCGUGCUGCACUAUCCGCCCCGGUCGCAUCCCCAGGCACAUCCAUACCAGCAUCAGCCGCAGCAGCAGCAGCAGCAGUCCAGCUACGAGCAGCCGCCUCCCUCGCUGUACAGUUCUUCCGCCUCCAGUUCAGCCUACGGACAGGCUAGAGGCUUUGGAGGCUACCCGGGACCCACGCCCCAUUACGCGCCGCCAGGACGGUCCACAACACCAGCACCCAAUCGAACAGUUCUGCCGCCCAACUAUCUAGAGCCAAUCCGUGGCUACCCCGAGCAGCAUCAGCUCCAGCACCAGCACCAGCACCAACAGCUGCCGCUGUCUGCCACACCAAAGCUGGAGGAAUCGAUGCCCGCAGAGUUGGAGGUGGAGGCAGGAUCGCCCGCACAAAGGUUGACCACUUCGCCGCCUCUAAUCAGCGCCACGGGCACCGACAGCGGGAUCAGCAACUGCAGCACGCGGGCCAGGAGCGACAGCAGCCAGAGCACGCCCGUUUACAGCGGCGAGUAUCCGGUGAAUAUGUCUGUGGAGUCGGCAUCCUGUGUGCCCUACCACUGUCCUGCCGAGUACGAGGAGGAAGAGCAGCCUCAGCAGCAGCCGCCACAGCAGCAGCCGCCACAGCAACAACAACAGCAGCAGCAAUCAUCAGUAGAAUCGGAGCCGGAGCUGGAGGAGAGAAAAGUGGCAAGUGUCAGGGAGGCACAGACCAGCUCCACUCCGCUCGAUAUUCCGGAUGACAUAAGCGCGACAGCGGCGCAGUCAGCGUCGCCGCCAACACCGCCAGUGGCCAGCAUUGAUAAGGCGACUCCGACGCCCACAGCUGCCGCCGUGUCGGAAGUUCCGAGGCGUAUGGAAAUCAAUUUGGCGAAGCCAAACAAGGAGACGGCAGCAGUAGCAGCAGCAGCAGCAGCAGGAGCCGAGGCACAGGCAGACACGGCAGCUGAAAGGGCGACGCCAACGCCGCAGGAUGCAGUAGAGCGGGGUUCGCCUAGUAAUCCAAUCAGCGAGGAUGCAGCGGAAAUGCCAGAACUAGGGCAGCAGGAACAUCCAUUGCCGCCAGCCACAGCGUCCAACAUCUGGAGUACAUCGCCGCGACGCUCGCGCACUCCGCCCGUGCCACAGAACUCGCCCGUGGGCUAUGGCCAGUCAGCCAGCGUUCCGCCAGGCUUGGCUCCCCUGUUCCAGCAGCAGCAGAAGCAGUCGCCGAGCAGCCAUAAGCGACAGACAACGGCCGCCAAGAGCCGUAGCAUCAGCAUUAGCAACAGCAAUCGCAUCAUGGAAUGCGAUCUCAUCCCGAGCAAGAAAUCAAAACGAAGGACUAGCAAAAGGGAAGCCGGCGGCGAGGAACAGCUGGAGUCGAUGGAGCCCACAGUCAGAGAGCAGAUAAGGGACAUCAAGCCGUUGCCGGGUUUCCUGCAGGCCUUUGGCUCCACCGAAAUCGGUCGCUUCUCGGAGAGGUUCCUGCAGACACCCGAGUCGCUGGUGGAGCGGCUGGCCGAGGAAUAUGCAGCAAGCAACAGCAGUUUCUCGCCCUACACCACAGGGGGCUACUACGAGCCCCCCUCCGCGCCCCCACACAGCUAUCAUCCCUACGAGGAGCAGCAGCACGCUGGCUACCAGGGACACAUGCACAUGGCCCAUGCACGGAAUCGGGGUAUGCGCGGACACGGCGGCUAUGGCUACGAAAUGCCGGACUACAUGGCGUAUGAGCGAUAUGCGGCCUACGGAGCGGGCAGGCCACGACACCGAUAUGGGGAGAUACGCUGCAAUGGCUACUAAAUACACAUAUGCAUACACAUAGAUACAUAGAUCGAUAUAUGGGAGAGGAGUCUAGAUUAGAGUUAGUGUUGUUGUUGUAGUCGUGCAAAAUCGUUGUCAUUCGAAAUUCUCUGUGUGUGCCUUUUUCGGUCAAAAUGCGACAAUGAUUUAGGCCGGCCCCCCCCUGGCCAGAGAAGUGUUUUUGUUGCUGGGCGGGGGGGAGUACUGUCCGCAUUGAUUGCAGUCAAAAUUCAAGAAUAACCAGAAACCAGAAAC